AAUAAUGAAAACUUCGAGAAUUUAAUGUAUUCAUAAUUGAAAAUUUGUCAUGUCCUCGCAGCAGACCGCUUCAGCUGUACCAUUUACAGCCAAAGCGCUGUAUAAUUUCGUGGGAAAUCACGAAGAUGAGUUGCAGUUCAGGAAAGGAGACUACCUCACCGUUUUGCAGGUAGUGGACGGAGGUUGGUGGGAAGGGCAACUACAAGGUCAUGGGUCAGCCCAGUGUUCUGGGCCAGUUGGAUGGUUCCCUGCAAACCAUAUCAAAAUUGUUUCCCCUGAUGAUUUAGCUCAAAUCAAAGCAAACCCGAAUGUCCCUAAACAUGUUCAUAGUUCAUCUUCUCCGAGAGAAAACACGAUGCAUAGCCCAGAAAACACCACAAAUACUCAAAAAACAUCGCAUUAUUCACUUGGUCUCUACUCGUUGCUGGAGUCACAGAUGAGGUUCGAGGACAGUCUCAACAACCUCCUGGAGAAGUCGCUCAUUCCACUCGGAAACAGUAACAUAUUGUCUGCGAAGGAUUAUGACAUCUUGUGUUGCAAUUUGCAUGAGAUUACACAGUUGGUAAAAACGCUCACGAAAGAGCUGACAGAUGCAUGUAAGUUGGCCACAUCCUCCUCAUCAUCCCCUUCCAGUCAGCAGGGGGGGAAGUUCGCCAAGCAGAUGUGCUCGUUCCUGUCCAGAUAUAGAAACCUGCUGGUGGUUUAUUGCGCCAAUCAUCCUCUAGCCCUGCGUGUCAUCUCAAACCAUAGCUCUCAACUAGACAGCUUUGCCAAGGCCAGUAGAUCAUCCCUGGGUGCUCCCGCCUCCUCCUCGCCAUCUCCAGCAGCAGGUAGUGGCUACAGUGGUACCAUUCUGGACUUAACAGCCGCCUUCUCCCAGCCUUUCAGACAAAUCGAGACCUACUCUGGCAUCCUCCGCGAAAUUAAGGCCUCAAUUUCGGACUCGCAUCCUGACUACAAUCAGCUCACAGAAGCAAUCCGAUUGUCCGACAAACUAGUGAAUGAGCUGGAGGAAGUGCGUGGUCUGAAAGAGAGGGAGAUGGAGAUUCUCUCUGCUCGUAUGGACAACUGGCCCCGCCCCAUAAAUGAUCCAGCCACAGCCAACGCUCCUCUAUCAGCGAUCGGACCAGUUUUGAGCAUGGCAGCCGUAUGGACCACGAAGCCAAAUUCAUCUAGUCUGGCAGAAAGCUACCUCCUGAUGUUCACUGACUAUGUGGUGAUAGUUCAACCUACACCGGAUCCGAAAUGCUAUAAGUGCCAACACCUAAUUGAGAUGCGCGAGUUGGUGGCACAUGCGAAGGAUCCAGCUAGUGAUGCAAAAUCUAACCAUUCUUCAAAAUACCCUCUUAUUCUCAUCGAUCAAGAUGGCGAGAGAUAUUCAGUGUUGUUCCGAUUGAACCAGCAAAGGGCGCAGUGGGUGAAGAUGAUUGGAGACCAGUCAGCGGCAUCCUCAGCCAUCUCCGGGUCUGCUGCUUUGGGUCCCAGCAACAGUCCACGUCCAUUUCUCCAAUCCACUUCCCCGCUCACUGGCUACCCUUCCCAGCAGCAUAAUGUUCCAGCAGGCUCCAAGGGAUUGUCGGCAGUAUCCUCACAUGCUAGACUAAGGUCAUCAGCGGCUGCAUCUCACCCAUCAAUGUCCCCACAACCACCAUCGCACCAUGCCCAUGCAGUUUCAAGACCACCACCAUUCAUGCGCAACGAGAGAAGUACAGGUGCAAAUCACAGUCCCAGUUCGAUGGGCGCCGGACGCUGCAACGGGACUGCUGUCACUACAGGGGGUUUCGACAUUACUCAGCUCAGACCCAAUCCUCCAAUGACACCAUCUGAACUCAUUCUCUGUGCCAGACAGUCUAAUGACGCAGUCAAAAGCCCCAAAGUGUCACGCAAAAAGAGCAAUCGCAAAUCAGAGAAAAUCCGAGCUGAAGAAUUAGCGGAGCUGAACAGUAGGAAAACACUGGAUUGUCGCUCACUGGAUCAUGAUGCCAAAAUUUUCGAGGUUAUAGAGGCCUACUGUCAGAGCAGCCAGAACAGAAUGACUCUCCAUUCAGACGACCCCGCGCAGUGGAUUUAAGUAUAAACCCUUGCAUAACAAUUUCAAAAGGUGUUUAUAAUAUUGUUGGCUUUAGAUAAAUCAAGCUGGCCACACUUUGUAAAAUCGAAAAAGAAAUCAGGACGAGGUUUCUUAAGUCCUGAACUAUUGAAAAUUCUUAUAGGUCUUGGUGAUUUUUCAGGAAGAAGUCAAAAUUUGUUCACGCUAAAUUUUUUUUUCGCGGUUUGACUUUUGAUUUCUUGUUAAGUUUGCUUCUUUUCCUUUGUUUAAAGGAAGGCAAACACCACUAUCGAACAGCAGAAAAUGAAAAGUCACGAAAAGUUUGAUUGACUUCUACUGUCACGGGACAUAGAAGUUGCAAAUUUUUGAUUUCAACGAGAAAAUGGAAUGAAACUUUGAAAUGAAAAGAUUGAAAGGUCCAAAAUUUGAGUUAUCUUGUUUCGAAGGCGUAAAUUAGCCAGUAUUUACACUUGCGAAGCAAAUUGUAUUAGUACGAACUUUAUUUUUUUUUUUCAAAACUAAGUCGCAAAUAAAAGUGCUACUUUUCAGAGGUGUUUUUUUUCUCUUAAAUUCAGAAGAAGAAUUUCAUGAAGAGCACUGACUGAUUUCUAACAAUAAUAUCUGUUUUUGUCAUUCAGUUUUUCUAACGGCCUAUUGGCUAUAUUAAGCGAUUUUUCCACAAAAAUGUCGAGAAACCGUAUUUCAAAAAUUAGGGCAAUUAGAAGCCGCUAAAAGGGUAGAAAAUCAGAAAGUACGUGGCCAUCUUGUAGCAUAGUAAUCUUUACACUUACCCAAUCGAAAUGCCUAUGUCUCUCAAGUUUGUGGGCUCUGCUGAUUGCGUGAUCUAAUCUAUCAACUGAACUCGCUUCAUAAUCUCAUAUACCUUUAUGUUUGCUCAGCUAGGUAGGAGAGCAAAUGCAGCCUGUUACUAUGUUUUGAUGUAAUGGACUUGAAUAGAGGAGCCCAAGCUCGUUGCUGUUCUGAUUAUUAAUCAAGAAGUUUCUUUCUAGGUUACGUCUCCCUACCCGUGGUGAUAGAGAAAUAGUGCAAAAAGUAAGCACCUGGGAAAAAACCCAAAUGACAUAACCACUGCACUAUUUCAUUAAUAAAGAAAUAGAACGCCAAUCCCUUCAGCUAAUUAUCACAUGAUUCACUUGUAAACACAUCUCCGUCAAACUUAUUGGCGGAUCAUAAAUUCCUCUCUGUCUCUCAAACAAAUGGCUAUUUCCUUCCGUCAUAGUGAUGACGUGACUGUUUUCGAUCGUAAUUGAAUCUCCAUUGCACCAUUAAUAUGAACAGAUACAUCAGCACUAUUGUACCCUAUCCCUCUUCAAUAUUUCGACCUCUCGACAACAUAUUUGGGAUCAAUACUCAAAGUUGAUGUCAAUUAAUAUUACUGUUACGCGAAAAUUUGACAGACUUUGGCGGAAGACCGAGAUUAAGAUGUCAUUUUAGUAUCUUGGAGUUUUUCCGUCUUGCUCUUUUUUGUUUUGUUGUUCAGGGGGUCAGUUUCUCCAGCGUGAGCUGGUGUUUUCAAUUUUCAACUUGAUCUGAAUUUCAAUUCAUCAUUUUGAAAUACCAUGGAGUUGAUAAUGAAAAUCCAAGUGUAAGCAGCAUGUUAAAUAUGAAUGUGUUCAUGCAAUUUCCAUUAUUCUUUUCCUUGUGCGACGUCUAUUAUUCGUGCUGAGCUUUCCUGUCCACUAAUUAUUAAACUGGUGUUUUCCAAAUAUAUUAACCCUUCUCCAUUGUAUGUUUGCUUUGUUUAGUUGCUGAUGUAAACAGGCAGAAGGUGAAGACGCUAGUCCAACCCAGCCGCCCGCUGAAUGCACAAUUACAUAAUACGGUGAAAACAAACAAGCUCUAUCAGUUUGAUCCAUU